CAAAUCUCCUAUGUUGAGGAUAACUUUAGUCCUUGUGCAAAAUCAACAAAGAGCCAAAACGUCUAUACACGUUAAAUAAUCCACUACCAUCUGGGAUUAAAACCAUACUUUUAAGAAAAAUCAAUACAAAGAUGGCUGAAACACAAGAGAAUGGAGAAGAUGCUUUGUUAAACUUACAAGGAGACCAGGUAGAUGUAGGUCUGACAGAUUUAGAUGGUGAGAAUCAGUUUGAAGGAGGGGAUGGAGAUGCUACAACAACACAGGAAGAAAGUGCAGUGGAGGAUCCAGAAUUAGAAGCCAUUAAAGCUAGAGUUAAGGAAAUGGAAGAGGAAGCAGAAAAGUUAAAACAAAUGCAAAAAUCUGUAGAUGAAGAAAUGCAGAUGACCUCACCUACAUUAGCACAGCCAGCUGGUUUCCCAACAGUAGAAGAAAAAAUAGAUGCAGAUGCAAGGUCUAUAUAUGUUGGUAAUGUAGAUUAUGGUGCCACUGCAGAAGAAAUGGAACAACAUUUCCAUGGAUGUGGUUCAGUAAACAGAGUUACUAUCUUAUGUGACAAAUUCACAGGACACCCUAAAGGGUUUGCCUAUGUAGAAUUUGCAGACAAGGAUUCAGUAACAACAGCUCAAGCAUUAGAUGAUUCUUUAUUUAGAGGAAGACAAAUAAAAGUAACAGCUAAAAGAACCAACAGACCAGGUAUCAGUUCAACCAACAGACGACCACGAGGUGGUAGAGGAGGGGGUUAUAGAGGUUCACCAGGGGGAUAUUACCAACCAAGACCAAGAGGCAGAUUCAGUCGAUUCAGAAGGGCAACAUACUACUCCCCAUAUUGAAGAACCAUAUUUUACGGCGACCAAAAAAUUGUGGUCAUUUUACCAGUCCAGAAGAUGCCAAAUUUAUUUAUCAUUUUGCUAUAAAUAUCUUUCAUUUUAUCAUAUAAAAACUGUUGUACAGCUCUUUAACAUUAGAAAAAAGGCAAAUUGUUUUAAAAAAAAAAGAAAUGUUUUACUCUUUUAAAUUUUAAAAUUAAACGUGCAGAUUUAUAAAUCCCUGUCAAAGAAAAAAAGAGAAAAUAGGUUAAGAAACAGAAAUAUUUUUAAAUUUUAUUAAAAGAUUUCAUGCUUGUUUGCAAAGUAUGAACAAUAAAAAAGAGAAAACACCAAAAAUGUUUCCUUUGUCUAUAAAAACAUUAAACAUAAAAAAACAAUUGUACCUAUAGACAUUUCUAUGUUUCAAGUAAUUUUGAUUGAUAAUUGUCAAAUGGGUUAGUCCAUGAUACUAAGGAACCUUCUUCAUAUGGGAACUAAUUUGGAACAAUGUAGGCAUGUAAUUUGCAUUCUUCAAUUGACAGACAGAUCAUGUUUGAGUUUGAUUGGUCAAAUAUAAAGGUGUAACUUGUCUUGAUUCAUUGAUUGACAGGUUCUUUUUCAGGUUUGCCACCAUCAGAGCUGACCAGCAAUGCCAACAUCUGUUGGUUUUGUUGCUUUCCAACAGCAAGGCAUAUGUAAUUGUUUUAAUGUGCAAUAAUUUUCAUUUUUUUAGAAAUGUUAUGCCUUGCUUUUGGAAAGGAUUUAGACUAGGAGAAAAUCAGGAGGGAGGGUUAAAAAAAAGCAAAAGAGAAAAAUAGAAAAGGAGAAAAAAAAUAAGUUGAAAAAAUAAUGAGAUAUAAAUAAAAAGCAGAGAAAAAAAUAUCUGAAUGGUGAGAGAAAAAAAGGGAGAAAAAAUUAAGGUGGGAUGAAUCUAAAAAAAAGAAAGGAAAAUAUUGGUGAUCUUAAUAAAAAAAAAUAUAGGAAUAAAAGAAAUCAAUUUUUAAAAAAAGGUUAAAAAAAAAAGGAAAGAACGAAAGAAAGAAAGAAAAAAAAAAUGUAAAAGAAGUACUUGAAAUAAAGAUAUAAAAGUGACA